AUGGAGAGGCCUGCGAAGCGGUUGAAAAUCACGAACCCAGACGUGCGAAACCCGCGGGAUACGGGCUCAAGAAUGACAGAAGGACUAUUUACCUCAGAACUAGGCAUGCAGGGGGAUGAUACAGACUACCAGGUUCAGCCCACUCGGACUAUCAGUUUGUCAGAUUUUCAACGACAAAACGUGUUCGGCAGCUAUCAGCAUGCCCCGCGACCUGUUCUACCUCGCAGAAAUGCUGGGAUUUACCUGCUCCCCAGGGCUCCCGACGCCACUGUUACAGCCAGCGUCGUGCAAGUCAAUGUGAACGACGGCACAAGUACCUCCAAAAUUACAGAAGUGACUGUGGCCACGACGGGUACUGUUGUUUCUCUCUCAGAAGUCGGCACCCUGACCACCGCGGUCUCUUUAACUAUCCCUGGGCUGUCGAACAGCACCAGCACCAAGGGAAGCGCUAUAGAUUCGUCCCAGAUAACGAUCACAACUCCUCCAUUAACAUCAACAACCUUCUCCUCAACAAGCAUAUCGAGUUCGUUGAUCGGUUCCGAAAGUAUAAAUGGCACCACAACUUCCUCUGACGCAACGGCUACCGGAGAACGGACGGUCACAGUCACGGCCACCUCGACCUUCGAGCUGUCGGUGAUCAAUGGCACGAUUAUCACCACGGUCACAGACGUCGAUACCAGCCCAACAACCAGGACUGAUUCAGGAAUCACUGGAACCAGCAGCAGUAGUAUUUCGAGGACUUUUGUCUUCGGCGACCUCACCUCGACAGCUACACCUUCGUCUGAAAGCCCUACAUCAUUCGACCCCUCUGAAUCUGGCGCAUCCUCAAGCUACUUCACCAGCAGUCCCGGCGGUGGUGCUGCUGGUUCUCCUACAGCUACCACCGACCCGGCAGCUACCUCGAGUGCCGGAUCGGGUUCAAGUAAUGGCGGAGGGGGAGGAGGUCCUGGUUUGACACCAACUCAACAACAAGUGGUGGGGGGUGUUGUUGGUGGUGUGGCUGGCGUUGCGCUCACGCUCGUCAUUAUCCUCUUUGUUCUCCGCUGGUAUCGCCGUCGACUGAAGGCGCGAGGCCAACUUCCUGAACAAAUUGCCGCUCGCGAGCUGACAGGCGGUGGGGGUGAGGCAUACCCCAUGUCUCAGCGAUCUUCAACAACGCCUCUCACCGUUGCUGUGGCUCACGGCCUAAAACGCCUUCGACCACGUAGCAGUCAGACUCUCGGCACUAACGCCACUGGGACCACCGAUAGCAGCGUGCCAGAAUCGGAGCGGGGCUUUCAACGUAUCGCUGGCCGCAAGAUCGCCCCGGUGCUGAGCAGCGGUGGUGAUCCAUAUGGAGGAAACUUUGGUGCUUUCGAAAAGGAUGCUGGCGUGGGACCCUCGGACAUGCCACGAAUUCCGGAAAGUGGUCUUUCGGGGGCCUCCUUCUAUCAAGACAACCGUGGCUUCUAUGGAGGAAAGGGGACGCCGACGCCGACCCCCCCACAGAUACCUUCUUCGCCAACGACAGCCACCACGCCUGCUAAAACGGCAGACUCGUCAACGGCUGUUGGAACUGCAUCAAGCGCGAGGGACUUUGCAGAGCCGCCGCGGGCGCCAUCAGUACUCAACAGCAGCCAACUUUCCUUGAACACACCUAGCCGCCCCGAAGGGUUUGCAAUCAUGCGGCCCAGUCCCGCUCGGACUCCGGUCACUCUAAGUCCUGCCGCCAGCUCUAUCCGGCUACCUAUCCAGCAACCACCCACCAUGGAUGAAGACGCUCCCCCGUUGCCGCCGAUGCUCCGGGACGGCGUCGGGCGCAGCCUUGCCAGUCAAGAUGGAAGCCGAGUGAGCAGGAGCAGCGGACGCAGUGCUGGAAGAUUUACGGAAAACAUGUGA